AUGACCUUCGAUAAACAAAACAAUGGCAAUCUCGCCAAACCGUUCACGCCCACCCUCAGCGCUGCGUUUCACCGGAAUAAGACUCCUUUGACUCCAAAGCUUGCAAGCCCAAGUCCAGGCCCAGGCUUCUCUGCAGGCCGCCGUCUCGCUCAACCCGAUCACCCCUAUUCAACCCCCUCCAAAGAUCCCCCCGCGGUCCCUCCGACCUACCUCAGUGCCAAUAUUACUCCACGAUCCGGAGCCAGAACCACUCGUCGAGAUGGUUCCAACGCUUCCCCAACAAACACACCUGUGCCUGCUCCGCAUACACCGUAUUCCCAAUCAACAAUCGGCUAUGGCCGCCGAACAGACCGCAGCCCUGCUCGCGGGGUCAAACCGCCGCAAUCAAGGAGCUUGAGGGCGCCCACGCUGUCGGCGGAAACUCAGUCGGUCUCUCACCCAAAUUCAUUCUCCGAUAUGGCAUCGGGGUCGCCUUUGUUCUUUCAUGCGUCGGACGCUCGCUCUUCACACCCCUCCGAGGUGGAGGCCCCUCCUAUAAGACCUCAGGGGAAAACGACCCCAGCUUCGAGCUUUGUUUACGCAAAUGGAGAUCAAGAACGCAACUCACUGGGAGACCAGUCGAGUACCACAUCGUCUGUUAUAAGACGUCGAUCUGGGGGUUACCCGCGAACCUUGCCCACUGUCAGACAAACAGCUUCACCCUCGCCUCGGUUGAGUUCAGCCAAGCUCUCGGAUGCCACCUCCACUCCACCAGAUGUCGCCAAAACUCCAUACCUUCAGAACGCGGAACAAGGCUUGGGGAUAGUUCACCGAAUCAGCUCCCCGUCAAGCACGGUCAGCGAUCGGCCACCCAUCGGACGACACACCAAAUCAUCCAGUGUCGACUCGAGCCACCAAGCUAUUCCACACGACAGCUUACGAUCUAGCCCAGUCAUUAUAUCUGGAAACUAUUUCAGCGAGGGAUCAGCACCCGUCAUAUCAGAACAGAUCCCGACUCUUCGGCCUCGAAUCUUCAGCAAUGGUUCCUCCUUGAAUGGCUCCACCAUCUCAAACGAAACAUAUCCUCCGGCGCCUUUAAGUCCUGGAAAGUCAGACGGUCCCAGCGAAGCCGCUUUGAAUGCGCGCACCGAGCGCAAGAUCAUGGACUUGGAGAUCAGCAACUCUUCAUUGCUUGCCAUUAAUCGCACCCUAGAGCGAGAAAUGCGCAAACAGAAUGCUGAGCUCCGUCGAUUCCGCCGAUUGAGUCGCUCGGGCCGUAUUUCGAUGGCGCCUUCAACUCGCUCCUUCUCAGGCGUAGCCCUUUCGACAACGAGUGAAAUGGACGAAGACGCAAGCGAAUUGUCGAUGCAAUCACAGGAAGAUAUGUCGGAUAUUAGCGACGAGGAUUCCAUUGCAGAUGAUGAAACGACAAGUCCCGGCUCGCUGGCCGAGCAUGAUGCUAAGCAACGUGCCCAAGACGAGCAACGAUUCAUGCUUGACCUUGCUAAACACCAAGAACUCCUAGCAGACAGCCAGAAGAUGAAUCAAAGCCUGAAACGCUGUCUGGGCUGGACCGAAGAACUGAUCAGGGAAGGCCAGAGGGCUCUUGAAUACAACGUCCAUGUUCAAGACGUCGAACUCGGUGGUCGAGUCCUCGCCCCUGAAGAAUUAGGUGAAGUUGGCGAGAGUCGCCGUGGCUUACUGAGCCCUUCCACUGAAUAUGACGGGGUAUUCUCACCCGUCGAAUCUCCAUCUAUUGGCUACUCCGAUGAGCCAUCUAUUGCACUAUCUAUUGAUUCACCUGUUCUGCCAUCUACCCCGGAACUGACGACAUGA